GACAUGCCGGAUGGAUGCACCUCUCCUAGCUGCUUUACACCGCUGCUGCUCGUCGGGUUUCUCGCUGAAUUAGCGGGCCAGAUGUUAUAGUCAGCGCCUUGUCGUGCGCUGUAUCUCGGACGGUGUGUGUGUGCUUGAGAGUCACACGUUACACCCCGGUGCGUGUCCCCCGGCUUCAGUCGGGACAGGCUGGUUUCUAGCUAGCUGUAGCCGGAGUCGAGUAUAAAUUAUCAGUGUCUAAUCUGGGUUAGCCGGCUGUCACUGUCAAACGGGACGGGCUCAGGGCAUCACCGACACGGGGCCACGGUGGUUUCCUGUCGGGACUAGUUCAUUUGGUGCCAGCGCUGCUUGUUUCUGGAAGCGGUAUGAGUUAUGGGUAUGGUGGUGGUGGUGGUGGUGGUGGUAGAAGAGGCAGAAGAGGAGGACGGGGGUAUAGAGAUAGCAGCAGGGAAAGAUGGGACAGGGGAGGAGGAGGUGGUGGAGGAGGAAGGGGACACUCCAGGAAUUCUGACUUCGGCUCCCGGGAUGAGCAGGAGCGGGGCGGGGGGCAGCGGGACCGACCGCCGCCGCAUCUGAAGGGCCGGGAGAUCGGCCUGUGGUACGCCAGGUACGGAGCCGUGAGGAGGAAGCAGGCGGACCGCAGAUCGCGGGCAGUGGUCCAGAUGGAUGAGGCCAGAGAGCAGCACAUCACCAAGCUGCUCAGCUCUGUCCAAAAUGACCAGCCCGGCCCAGAGAGACACAACAGAGCCUCUGCAUCUCACAGCUCCGUCGGGGGAGGCAGUCACUGUUACUUUGAUGGUGACCUGCCUGAAAAGGAGAAGCAGAAGAUAGAGAUAAAAUCGGAGGAGACCGAAGAAGAUGUUACUGAAGAACAGAAGGAAAUGCCUCACAAAUCGCAACGUUAUCUUAAAGACGAACCUCCUGACCAGUGGGAUGAAGAAGAGCAGCAGGAGGAGAAAGAGAAAGUCAGAGCGAAAGAGAAGGAUCUUGAGUACCUGUUUCACAAAGUAGUCAGAGACAGUGAUCUGGACGACUACUUAAAGAGAGAUCUGCAGGGCAAGAAAUUAGACCUCAAGUACCAGGAGAUGCUGGAAUUCAGGAAAAAGCUGCCUUCCUACGCGAUGAGAGAGGAGGUGGUGGAGCUUAUUAAUUGUAACCGUGUCGUGGUGGUGAGCGGGGAGACGGGCUGUGGAAAGACCACCCAGGUCACCCAGUUCAUCCUGGACGACCACAUUGAACGAGGCAUGGGCUCGCUCUGCCGGGUGGUCUGCACGCAGCCCAGACGCAUCAGUGCCAUCUCCGUAGCAGAGCGUGUAGCAGCAGAGAGGGCAGAAACUGUUGGAGAUGGAAACUCUUCUGGUUACCAGAUCCGCCUGCAGUGUCGGUUACCACGGAGACAGGGUUCGGUGUUGUACUGCACCACAGGCAUUAUUCUUCAGUGGCUACGCUCAGAUCCACUGUUGUCCAGUGUCAGCCACCUGGUGCUGGAUGAGAUCCAUGAGAGGAACCUGCAGUCCGAUGUUCUCCUCGUCAUUGUCAAGGACUUGCUCAAGCUCCGGCAAGACCUCAAGAUCAUCCUCAUGAGUGCCACGCUCAACGCGGAAAAGUUCUCCAAAUACUUUGACAACUGUCCAAUAAUCCACAUCCCUGGCUUGGCGUUCCCAGUGGAGGAAUUCCUACUGGAGGAUGUUGUGGAAAUGAUCAGGUACCGCCCGCAGAGGCAGGACCAUCGCCCCUCCCGGAAGAGAGGGUUCAUGCAAGGACGCCACUCCAGACCUGAGAAGGAGGAGAAAGAGGCUGAAUACAGGGAGAGUUGGCCUUGUUACGCUCGCACACUGCAGGGCAGGUACUCAGACAACACCAUAGAGGUGCUGGAGAUGCUGGACAAUGACGAGAAGAUUGACCUGGAGCUGAUCAUGGCGCUGAUCCGCCAUAUUGUGCUCAAUGAGGAGGAAGGGGCCAUCUUGGUGUUCCUGCCUGGCUGGGAUAACAUCAGCAGCCUCAAUGACCUGCUCAUGGCUCAGCAGAUGUUCCGAUCAGACCGGUUCAUCAUCAUCCCUUUGCAUUCUCUGAUGCCAACUGUUAACCAAACUCAGGUGUUCAAGAGGCCUCCUCCUGGAGUCAGGAAGAUUGUGAUUGCUACCAAUAUAGCUGAGACUAGUAUCACCAUAGACGACGUUGUGUAUGUGAUAGAUGGAGGGAAGAUUAAGGAGACCCACUUCGACACCAACAACAACAUCAGCACUAUGGCAGCCGAGUGGGUCAGUUUGGCCAACGCCAAGCAGAGGAAGGGACGUGCUGGCAGGGUGUGUCCUGGGAAAUGCUAUCAUCUAUACAACAGCCUCAGGGCCAGUCUGCUGGAUGCCUAUCAGCUGCCUGAGAUCAUGAGGACGCCGCUGGAGGAGCUCUGCCUGCAGAUCAAGAUAUUGAAGCUGGGGCCUAUUGCUGGAUUCCUGAGGAAAGCCCUGGACCCUCCCACUGAGAAGGCCGUCAGUCUGGCCAUCAAGCACCUCAUAGACCUGAAUGCCCUGGACCGCUCGGAGAAUCUGACGGCGCUGGGUGUCCACCUGGCCCGGCUGCCGGUGGAGCCUCACAUUGGGAAGCUGAUCCUGUUUGGAGCUCUGCUUGGCUGCCUUGACCCUGUGCUCACCAUCGCCGCUUCACUCAGCUUCAAAGACCCUUUCUUCAUCCCCCUGGGCAAAGAGAAGAUGGCAGACAUGAGGAGAAAAACACUGUCCAGAAACUCCAAGAGUGACCACCUCACGAUUGUUAAUGCUUUCCAGGGUUGGGAAGAGGCCAAACGGCGUGGCGCCAGGUACGAGAGAGAGUACUGCUGGGACAACUUCCUGUCUGCCAACACACUCCAGAUGCUGCACAACAUGAAGGGCCAGUUUGCUGAGCACCUGAUGGGGGCCGGCUUUGUCAGCAGCAAGGACCCCAAAGACCCCAUGUCCAACGUCAACUCAGAAAAUGAGAAGUUGAUCAAGGCGGUGAUUGUAGCUGGUCUGUACCCUAAGGUGGCCAUGAUCAGACCGUCUCACAGCAAGAAGAGGCCAGGGGUUAAGGUGUACACCCAGGCCGAUGGGAAGGUGUGUAUCCAUCCAAAAUCUGUCAACGCGGAGGAGACGGAGUUCAACUACACCUGGCUCAUCUACCACCUCAAGAUGAGAACUAGCAGUAUCUUCCUGUAUGAUUGCACGGAGGUGUCCCCCUUCUCGCUGCUGUUCUUCGGAGGAGACAUCACCAUCCAGAAAGACGAGGACCAGGAGACCAUCGCCGUCGACCAGUGGAUCGUCUUCAGAUCCCCGGCACGCAUCGCUCACCUCGUCAAGAGUCUGAAGAAAGAGUUGGAUUCUCUGCUGGAGGGGAAGAUCUGUAACCCCGCUCCGGUGGACUGGCACAACCGUCAGUCCAAAGACUGCGCCGUCAUUACGGCCAUCAUAGACCUCAUCACCACCCAGGAGAAGCCCACGAGCAGUACCAACAGUGCAAGCUACGGAAGACCGUGGGCCUCUGCUCCCCGAGGACAACACAUCUACUUCAAUGACGACGACGACGAUGACGAUGAUGAUAAUUAGAGGUGGCUCUAAGACUUGAUGAAAGUCUAUUUUUUCAAAGCAGAGAGUGUUGGCCAGCUGCCAGUUUUCCUCAGAUGAAUAACUCUAUUUUGCUAGCUAUAAAGAGACGAGAAUGUAAAAUGUUUAGGGUCGAAUGACCACAUCCGUAGCUAAGAACGGCAGAACUCGGUAGGGAUAUUCAUCGUGUUAAGCUGGCUUUCUUUAUGGUGCUGCUUUGUUUAAACCUAAGUGGCCAUGGGCGGCUCCUGAAGACCAAACAGAGGACGUAGGAGGACUGGAAAAUAUUUGUGCACUUAAAUGGAAGAACUCUUUCUUUUUUGCUUGUUUGGUCUUUUUUGGCAAAUACCAAUCCACGUUAUAAUAAACUAAGAAGCUGUUCUUGUCUGUUGGUUAGUUUUUACAUUAUCUGUUUUGCAUAAGUCUCUGCUUGGUCUCUCAGCAAUCUGUACAUAAGGGACUGCACAAUAAAGUACAGCUGUAACACAGAAUG